GCUCAACAUCGGCAAACCUUCACUAAGACCUGGUGCUAGUCAAUGCAGCUGGUCGACCACGAUACUUUUCUCAAACAGCUGGUUACACUGUUUGAAUCCUCCAAAGAUCAAGGCUCGAUAUGGAUAACGCAUAAACGACUUUGUUAUGACAAGGAGGAUACCACCAUGAAAGUGGAAGAUGGCGCUGAGGACCCGCAUGUCUACCCAUGUCUCCUUCGAGUCUCAAAUGGCGAUAAAGUCAAAUUUUCAACAAAGGUUGACUCCACAGACUUACUCAAGUUUCAUCAAGUGUAUGGCGCUCUUCUUAAAUCAUGUAUGGCCUCUCUUCGUAAGAGAGACAAGAAGCGCGAAAAGCAACGUGCGGAAGAAGCUGCAGCUCGCAAAAAGAAACUGUCCGAGCCUGUUGUUGUCAAUGGAUCUAAACGAGGGGGUGGACGUAGGAAACGACAACGCCAAAUCAAAGCUGCGUUAAAGCAACAAGAGACAUUGGGGAAAAUCAAGGCAAAGGAGGAGGCAAAAGCCAAGGCAAAGCUGACUUCGGAAGAAGCUUUGUGAUCGUUC